UUCUACAGUGUAGAGAGAGUUCUCUUAAAGACGCGAUCGGUCGCGUAGUUUUGCGCAAAAUAAUGUUCAGACUUUGGACCAGAAGCUCAAAGCGAAGUUCAGCGACAGGUUUAAACAACCGUACAUCCUAUUUUUAUCUGUCAAGAGAAUGUAGCGGCCAUUCGAGGAUCUCGGGUAAAUUAAUUUCGUAGUUCCAUGUAGACAGAGCCCGCACUUUACCAAGUACGAACUAGCUAACGUAACUGGCUAAUUCAUUGCGCAUCACGUGUGAUCUUAGCCGCGGAGUCUAGCGGUGCGCGCUCACGUCUUGCGAGAGUAGUUGGUUGUAAUAAACGCUAAACAACGAAGCAGUUGGUUGAGCCAAACAUAAUGGUAUGGGUCAAAGGGACAUCACAGCGUUCGAGGCGUCCAUGAAAAGAAAAAGCGGAAUUCCCACUGCCUCUAUGUGUCGACUGGAUGUGGAGUCCGCCGUUGUGAAGAAGGAAGUUGAGCCCGGCGGAGGAGAUGGUGCCCUUUCCUCGUCAAGGUACAUGUUGGGCCGGGGGGUGAAACGUAAGCUGAGCUCAUGUGAGGACCCUGCUCAGGACUUGCCAUAUCCUCAGCAGAGGCAGCUGGUGCUGGACUUGUGUCUAGACAAGCUACAAAGCUGCCAGCGGCGAGCUGAACCCAGCCUGCACCGUUCAGUCCUGCUGGCCAACACCCUCCGCCAGAUUCAGCAGGAAAUGAGACAGGAGGGGGAAACCUGUUUGCCACCAGCCCUGCUCGGCCCCUCGCUCCCUCACGCCUCCACCCCACGCCACUUCCCUGACCUGCCACCUGUGCCCUUAGACUGUCCUCCACCUCUAACCGGAGCACUGUCCCCUUCAUUGCCCCUCAUGACUGCUGAGGAGGAGGAGGUCCAGUUUGGUGGCACCGUAAAUGAGACUCUUUUGCCAUCCCUCACUGGUGAGGACGACACAAGGUCAUCAGAUUCACUCUUUGGCUCAUUCGAGAUUACUAAUUCCACCAGCUACUUGACAGACUUGGCUUUGGAUGACAUCUUUGAGGACAUUGACACGUCGAUGUACGACUCCUCUGACAUUUCUGUCCUGGCGUUUCCUGUGCAGAGAAGCAACGGGGUGGACGAUGGCCUCAAGAACCUUUCCAGCUGCACCUCCAACAACAGCCUACAGCUCUGUCUCUCAGACAUCAACGACCUGGACCACAUCAUGGAGAUCCUUGUGCGCUCCUGAAUCACGGCUCGCACCACAGUGUCCUCAUUCAGCCAUCCCAGUGUUUUCUUUGGGAAAUUAAUAAUACAAUGCAUUUUCUUUUUUAAAAGCAAACAAACAAAUAUUUUAUCUAUUUUUAUACAAAGGACUGAUAUAUUUAUAUAUGAAAAAAGGAAACUGCCUGACACACUCUCACUGUAGUAUAAAUGCACAUUUUAAAGACUUUUUCCAGAUGGUCGAGCUUAAGCUGCCAUCCUUCAUAUUUAAGCAAACUAAGAUAUGAAUAUGCAGGGACUUCGGAAACAAGUACAACGUAUUACCAUUGAUGCUUAUUUAUAUUGGAUAGUUGUAUUUAAAAGAAGAUGGAAGAAAAGUGGAUCGUUAUGGACGCUCCUCCUUAGCUUUUGAUAAGCUAAAAGACAUUUAUUUUUUGUGAUCUCCACUGUAUUCUGAAGCAUUACAUUUAACUGUCAGUAAUUAUGAUUAUCAGAUCAUGUCAUGCACAUGCAGCACUCACACUACCUCUCAAGAUACCAAGAGUUCUUUCUCUAUACAAAGACUGUCAUUGUUACAACUGUAUUUUAAUGGUUUCUCUCCAAUAACUUUCAAAACUGCUGAUUGUUUAAUAUAUGGCUCUCUGUUCACAGGAAAGCCUCUCCUCAAAUGUUAGGAUUCAGUCCAAAGCUAUAUAGCUGUAGAAGAAAGGCUUUUGUCUCGAUCUUUCUAUUCAAAAUGUUCUUUUUGAAACAUUUCUUACUUUGGUUUCAGAACGAGCCGUUGCUUGCAUAAAAAGUGAUCUGUAUUUUCUAAUCACUUGGAAUUUAAUCCUAUUUCUACUUUUCACGUACAUGAUUGUCAGUCACACCGCCACCGUCGAAUCCCUCGUAUGAACAUAGUGCCUACAACGGAGAAUAAAGACUGCCGACGAUGAACUGCACACUGUGGACCCGCGCAUAGACUUGCCUGAGUUUCCUGCUCUAUGCCCAUGAUGCUCUCUAAGUGGGUUGUUUGUCACUUUUUUGAGCAUUUAGCAUCCUCUGUCCUCUAAAGAAGCCAUUACCCGAAUAUGGGUCCACAUCUCCUCUCUGCUCUCUCAUUGUGAUCUACACUGUAAAAAGCUAAUUGUGGAUGUCUAUGGUUGCCUCUCAUGCUGUGGUCUCAAAGACCAUUUCUGAAUGUACAAGUUUACUUGUGUGGAGCAGAGAUUAAUCCAAUCUGAUGUCUCACCUGCUUACUUUUCCCUUCAUCACAAGCUUAGUUAUUAGUUACUAUUUAAACUUGUGAAAUGGUAGACUAGAGCAAGGCCCUUAGUUUUUGACCUGUAUUAACAUCCACCGAACAUCAAGUUGCUGCAAUCGAAUGCGAAAGAGCCACAAGCUGCUGUCUCCAUUAAGACUGGGCAGAAACAGGGGGAAGGGAAGAACCAGAGAGCGAGAUUA